AACUGAUCCCAUGUUUUUGUUUCGUGCUCUAUGCAGGGCUACUCGUCACGAUUGGCUGCACUAGACUACACUAUCUGUGCUCAAAGUGAAGUAUUUGUGACUACUCAAGGAGGCAACUUUCCCCAUUUCUUGAUUGGAAACCGGCGGUUUCUUUAUGGAGGCCAUUCCAAGACCAUUAAACCUGAUAAGAGGCGAUUAGUUUUGUCUUUGGAAAACCCCAAUAUCAGAUGGGACAAGUUCAAGCGGAACAUGCUGGAAAUUCUCCAUCAUAGCGAUGCGAAGGGUGUUGAGAUGCGGAAGCCGAAUGCAUCCUUGUACAUGUUUCCAAUGCCUGACUGCAUGUGUGCACACUAAUGAACAAGUCUCCUCUUCAUGCAGGGUUGGAUUUGUAAGUAUUCUCGACUUAGAAAUUAUUUGAAAUUCUUUGAAUCCUUGUGCAGUCCAGUUAAAAUUGUCACAAUUUAGCUUUUUAUAUAUUUAAUUGGUUUAGGAUUCCGGAAAUCUUACUAUUAGAGUCCAUUCUAGUAUGAAGAACAAUCAGAUCGAUUUGUUGUAUAACAUUAGUUGCUAAUUCUAAAAAAAUAGUCUGAUGCUAA